UAGAACGCCUUCGGCUGAUGCGUAUAAAACUAUGGCCGUUAGAAAAUUGCGCCAUGUUUUAGUUCACGAGUGAAUUGUUUUCCGAAAGUGAAUAUAUUAAAGUAAUCUUUCUUAAAUAUUCUAUUUCUCGAAGAUUGACGAAGAAGUAAGCUUGAAAAAGUUUCACGUGUUAGCACGAUAAAAUAGGUCAAAUAAAAGUAGCCAAAGAUAAACAAAUUAUUGGCAGUAAAGAAUUUAAUUUCUUAGUUCUUUUUAAUUCAUCGUGGGUAAAUUUGAUCCGUGUGAGAUCGAACUGUUUAAAUAUUUCAGUAUGGUAUUGGUAAACAAAAUGUCGGUAGAUAAUCUCAGUGAUGCAGAAUUACGUAGUAAGCUUAUGGAAUAUGGAUACCCGGUAGGACCUGUAACACAGACAACCAGAAAAAUACUUGCUAAAAAACUAAAGACUCUUAUUGAAACCCGAGGUCUUGCUGGAACGCGUCAUUCGUUAGCUGCCAGAUACAGCAGCGAUGAGACCGAUGAGGAUACAGCUUCAACCGUUGUUAAAAAAAAAAAAUCAGCAUCUAAUACUCGUCGACAAACUUUGGCCAAUCCUAUGCCCCCACCAUCUUCUAUGAUACCAGCACCUUCGGAAACUAAAAAUUUGAUGAAAGAUCCCAACGUAGAAAUUGUUGAUAAUAUUAUACCAGAGCCGGUUGGUUCAUCAACAUUUUCUAAUCGUACCAUUACAAGUUUACAAAAGAAACAUACAAAGAUUUAUAAUUCAGCCAAUCGAUCAGAUGGUUUAGAAACUGGUUCCGAUUCAGAUAUUAGAGAAGAAAACGAGUCGUCGAAUUAUUUGCAAAGUAGAUAUUUAACUAAUGUUGGAAAGUUGUAUGGUUCUAAAUUACAUACCGAGCCUACGGUUGGAGAAGAACCAUCUUCAAAAUUAUACGAAUCAAAGUCAAGACCUGUACAUACUCCUAAAGAUAAUAAGUAUGUCGAACCUCCUUUUAAAACUUAUAAUACUUUUAUAUCACCAACUAAGGAAGAUACGAAUGUAAGAGAUUCGAGAGAUUUGCUUUCGAACUAUGACACUCCAUUUUUAUCAGAAUUUACACGAAGGCUCAGUUCUAGAGCGACAUUGGAUACCCCUUCUACAUCUCACUCUUCGAUGAAUAGUUCUAUAAUACGAGACUCACCCUCUGUUUUUCCUGAAACAUACAAGAAGGAUUUAAAUCAUCAUUUCUCUUCUUUAAAAUCGUUGUGUUCAACUUUGCCUGCGGGUUUAAGAACAGUUGAUGCAAUUACCGACAGAUCUCGUAAAACUAUUGGCAAAAAAUUCAAGUCCAACUCGAAUAAGGAAGAUUUACGGAACAACCAAAAUAUGAUAUCUGUCUUCCUAGUGGUGGUACUUGCUUUAUUUUUUGCAAUCCUGGCAAUAAUAUACUUGGGGCUGGGUGGUAAAAAUGAAACUUUCCCAUCAUUAUCAAUGGAUAGCGAUAUACCGCUGUGUUUUAUGGGAACGCCUGAUCUCAAAGCACCAGGAGUUAAUUGUGUAAUGAAAGAAAAUGUAGAAAAAGUAUUACUAUUAUUAAAACAACUUCAACCGGUUUUAUUGAAAAAAGCAAUAUCUGUCCUAUGCGACAAUUCUAGUGAUAUACCAUAUUUAACGGACUCGGAAAUUGAGGAUAUGUUGUUAAAAACUAAAUUGGACCCUCUAGUAGUGAAAGAAUAUUUACAAAAUGCACAACUUCUUAUUAUUAAGAAUCCUCAAUGGGGUAUUUCACUUAUUGAUGUAAGCGAUGGCGAUAAGACUUCUGGAGAAGUAUUAAAUUCGUUGGAUAGUAUAUUUUCAGCACGUAUAAAUGGAAAAAUUGGAAUGAUUAUAUUGAAUCCAGAUCGACCAUUGCAAUGUCAUAUCAAGAAUAAGUUAUUCACCAUUUUUUCAACUCUCCUGAUAAUCUCCCUUGGCAUUUUAGCAGUUAUCGGAACGCAGAAAUUAUUCGUUUGGUAUAAAAGAUAUCAAAAAUCAAUGGAAAGAGAACUAUUUAAGCUAGUUAGCGAAAUCAUUAACAUCGUUGAACAGCAUCAUCAAAAUGUUGGAUUAUCAUCCUCCGGUACGACGCAAGAUACAUUUCUUGCGAUCAAUCACGUGCGUGAUAAUUUGAUUUUGCCGAAAGAUCGUAAAAGAAUGUCUAGUUUAUGGGAAAAAGCUGUUAAAUUCUUGGACGAGAAUGAAUCUAGAAUUCGAAGAGAAGUACAACAAGUUGCUGGUGAAGAAUUUCACGUAUGGCGUUGGUUACCUAAUAAUACUCUUAACGUGUCUAACGCGCAAAGUCCUUCGUUGAAUAAAAAAUCCAAAGUAUGGCAAGGACAAGCGUUUGAAACUAUGGAAGGAUCGGUUAAUAGUUUAACUUGUUCGCCGACUCCCUGCUUAAAAAUAAGACAUAUGUUUGAUCCAGAUGCCGAAAAUGACGACAACUGGGAGAUCAAAAUACAAGAUGCCAUUUUAGAAAAGUGUGGAGAAGGUGUGCAAAUACUUCAUAUUCGAGUGGAUCGCGGUAGCCGAGAAGGUUGCGUUUAUAUGAAGUGCACAUCGCAGAGAGAUGCUGGAAAAGCUUACAGAGCAUUACACGGCUGGUGGUUUGACGGUCAUUUAGUAACCGUCAAAUAUUUGCGACUUGAACGAUAUUACAAAAGAUUUCCAGACGCUGUGCAAUGCACGACGGCUUUGAAACCAAGCAAUAAUAAACGGUUAUCCAUGCAGGCACACUAUUGGCAAAGUCCGUUAGAAUCUAAUUAAUGGAAACUGUCCACCACAUGCUCCAUCAUAUCUUGCAAAAAAAAAAAAAAAGAAAGAAAGAGAAAAAAAGAAAAAA